AUGUCAGGUAUAUUUACGGACACUGAGAUGAAUGAGCAAUACCAGGAGGACGAUGACUUUAACCAACAAGAAGAGCUAGUAAGUGACCAAGAUAUGAUGGAUGAACAGAAUGAAUUUGAAGAAGACUUCAGAGAUGAAUUUACUGAGGGAGCGUUUUUUUCUGGAUCUGAUCAGUCAAAAGAUAUCCUUGAAGCCGCUUAUGCGGUUGACUCCGUGCAAGACAUUACAACUUUGAAAUUUAGUGAGAAUUUUGCGGAGGAAAUUGGCAAAUACCACUUUUCUACUUUGCAGCUUGCAUUUGAUUUUUAUAUGAAGUACUCAAAGUCGAAGGGCUUUAGUGCAAGGAAGAGCAAGACCUUCAAGAAUAGUACUGGUGAGAUUUACAAACAAAAGUUUGUAUGUCAUAGGCAAGGAUUUAGGAUGGAGAAAUAUUACACGAUGGAAAAAAGGAAAAAGGAGCCUAGAUUAGAAACAAGAACUGGAUGUGAUGCCCGAAUGGAUGUUAAAUUUGUACCAGAAAGUGGAAGAUGGCAUACCUUUUAUUUCUCUGACGAACACAACCAUGAUCUAUUGGAUACACAAUUCAGUGCUAUGUUGCCUGCCCACAGAAAAAUGUCAGAGGCAGAUAUUAUGCAAACGAUGAACAUGCUAAAGUCAGGGAUUAGAACUUCACAGAUAUUUGGUCUUCUAGCUAGUCAAGCAGGCGGGUAUGAAUUUGUUGGCUAUGGUCCCAGAGAUAUGUACAAUGAGAUUGCUCGGCAAAGGCGUCAAAUUCCUGGUGAUGCAGCGCGAGUGUUGAAGAAGUUGGAGGAUAUGCGGUUGAAGGAUCCACAAUUAUAUUUCAAGGCAUGUCAUGAUUCAAGAGGUUUGUUACAUAAUUUGUUCUGGUCUGAUGGGAUUAGCCAACUAGACUACCGACUCUUCGGGGAUGUUAUUGCUUUUGAUGCUACAUACAAGAAGAACAAGUAUAGUUGUCCAUUAGUCAUAUUCAGUGGGGUUAACCACCACAACCAAACAAUUGUUUUUGACCUGCGUUAA